CUUUAAAUGGGUUUUGCAUCCGGAGCAGCUCCUCCACAUCCCCAGAGACAGCAGACACAGGCCAGUGUCCUACCGAUGACAACCCACCUUUAACGGGUUUGUUUACACGGGUUUAACAGGUACACAACACUUACUGCUGUGUCACCCAAAGUGAAAACGUAGUAGUGCGACUAUUAGCUAGUUAGCUAGAUAGCUACACCGGUGCAUGUUAACAGACAGCCUGAGAUGUCCACUUGGAGGAGGAGGCCAAAGGGAAAUAUGGAGGCGACUAGUGAUUGUUGUCAUAUAGCUGCAGCUAACGUUCGACACGGAUAGUCAUUUUACACAAGAUUAGGUUUUGUCUUACUGUAUCCCAAAUAAUAAUACCCAGGCUGUCUGUUUUCCUCCAAAGAAAGCCAUUACUUAAACGUUACCGCUGUGCUAAGCUAGCACAACUGAUGCGGACUCAGUUCAGUUAAGUCUGCAACAAUAACCAACUGACGCUUACAACUGUUAUACACUAAUGUGUCACUUAUAGUAUAAACUAUACUAUACUAUAACUUGUUAGUGUGGCUCAAACGUUUUUGAUACAAUAAAAUGUUUGUUACCAUUUGUUUCAGUGGAUGGACGCCGAAAUGAAGAGUUGACAGUGUUUCCGAAAAUAUAUUAAACAUAGCAGCAUCUAAUUAACUAGCUAGCUAGCUUAUGAGACCCGCUAGCUCUUGUUAAAUUGGAAGGUGGUCUCAAUCUCACCCUGUCACGAGCGCAGCACGCGCCAGGUUUGAUGAAGAUUAUGAUGAUGCUGUGAUGAUCGUGAUUGACCCAGGUGGGCUGAAGAUGUGCGCUGUGUCUUUCUUAAUGUAGACUGCCAUUAGUUUCCAUUCCUGGCAGAGUUUUAAUGUGAAGAGAGACUACAGUUUACAGUAUUCUUAGCCGAAACCUGAAAUUAUCUGUGCAGGUGCGCUGCUGCUGGCCGUCAGUUCACUAUGGCCCAGAACCAGGUGAUCCUGCAGUUCCGCUUCACCACAUUUGGGUACUCCAUGCUGCAGAAGAUGAACCUCCUACGACACCAGAAACGCUUCUGCGAUGUCACCAUACGCAUCAACCAGCUGGAGGUCCCUGGUCACAAGGUGGUGUUCGCCGCUGGCUCCUCUUUCUUGAGAGACCAGUUCAUUCUUCAGCAGGACUCCAAGGAGGUCCAGAUCUCCAUGAUGCAAGAGGCAGAGGUGGGCCGGCAGCUGCUGCUGUCCUGCUACACAGGUCAGCUGGAGUUUCCUGAGCUGGAGCUGGUGCAUUACCUGACAGUGGCCAGCUUCCUCCAAAUGGGCCACAUUGUGGAGCAGUGCACUCAAGCUCUCAGCAAGUUCAUCAAACCUGCACACCAGCUCGAGGUGGAUGUGGAUAUGAGGAGGGAGAAGAGGGAGGAGGGUCUGUCCUCUGAGGCCCAGAGAGAGCAAGAGCGCUCCCAAGUUCAGACUGUCCAUCAGGACGAUGAGGAGGUGGAGCAGAUUGAGGAAGACAACAAUGAUGACGAUGAUGACGACGACGACGAUGAUGAUGAUGUGAUCAUGCAGCCUAAAUCCCCACCACAGAGGGGAGGGGAUUUAGGACGUUGUCCAAGGCAGGGUGUGGUGAACAGUGACAUCACUAUAGUAAAAGUGGAGUCUGUGUCUGACAUAGCAGAAAACUCCAUCACUCGUUACUUCCCCACAAGCCCACCUGCUGCCCUCCACUCUCCUGAGCCGCAGCACUCCCUCAUCAACUCCACUGUGGACAGUCGUGGCAGUGAGAUGGCGGUUCCGCCUGGCGUGGCCGGGUACCCGCACAGUGCCCCUCUUCAAUCCCCUCCUGCAGAGAAACACAUUGUGCACCAGAGGAACUACGACAAGCCUCUCCAGUGGUACCACCAGUGCCCCAAGUGCGCUCGGGUCUUCCGCCAGCUGGAGAACUACGCCAACCACCUCAAGAUGCACAAGCUGUUCAUGUGCCUCCUCUGCGGCAAGACCUUCACGCAGAAGGGCAACCUGCACCGACACAUGCGCGUCCACGCCGGCAUCAAGCCCUUCCAAUGUAAAAUCUGCGGUAAGACCUUCACCCAAAAGUGUUCUUUGCUGGACCACCUAAACCUGCACAGUGGGGACAAGCCACAUCGCUGCAACUACUGUGACAUGGUUUUCGCUCAUAAGCCAGUUCUCCGCAAGCACCUCAAACAGAUCCAUGGAAAAAACAGCUUCGACAACGCAAACGAAGGCAGCCUGCAGGACGGGGGGCUUGACUUUGAUUUUGGCCAAAUAUGAAAUCUGUGGACCUUUUUUUUUUUUUUUUUUUAUAACUUUGUCGGAUACCGCCAGUCAUUUAAAUUAGGGCUGAACAAUUAACCGAAAUAUUAUCAGAAUUGCAAUAUACCACACUAAACCAUUAAAUUCAAUUAAAUAAAGCAUUGUGGUGCUACAGAGCUGCCCCUAUACAAAUCAUUUUCUCCAAACAUGCUUUGUAUGACAAGCAAAUGAUUGCAUUAUCAAAGAUGGGCAGGUGAGUGAACAUGGUGGCUGGUUUCCCAAAGUGUCGUCCUCGUCCUCAUGAGUUUAACUGGAGAACAGAAACCUGAAUGAAGUUUUCCUAGUCUACGUUUCACUGUAGCUUCAUUACUGUGGACUAUUUUUUUUUCUUUUUUCUAUAUUGUACAUGCGUUCAUAUCGUACUUGAAAAUUCAGCACUGAAACACAAAACAUAAUGUCUGUACAUCAUUAGUUUUAUUAAUGAAUUAACAUGUGUCUUUAUUGUCCAAUGGAAAAAAAACAUUGCAAAAUGAGUGUAUAUUCAAUAUAUAUGUAUCAUAUUCAUUUGGAUAUUGUGUAUACAGUUUGCUGUAGCCUUUCUUUCUUACCUGUGUGACUAUGACAACAUGGACAUCAUUCAACUGAGAAUUGAGAAAUAUUUUAUUGAAGGCAAGCUACAACAGUGACAAAUGGGAUGCCAAAGUGUCUGUAGACUGAAAUGGUUCUUUUACAAACGUAAUGUCCGAGGUACUACUGGACCAAAGUGACAUUGUAUCUGUCCUGUGUUCAUGGAAGUCAAUGUGUGUAUGAAAUUAAAAACUCUCAUCAGUG